ACCAGACCGACGAGCUUGAAUGCCAUGGGUGCGUCUGAACGACAGUUGGUGGGCUGAUAUAAACUGGAACAGCACAAAGCUGAACAGAAACAAGAUCCCCUCCCUAGGUUUGGAUUUGAGGGCAACAGUAGUGAAGCAUGAUGCAGAGGGAGGACGAGUCUGCACGGGAGGAGUUUAGCUACACUCAUAUCCCCACUCUAGAACGAGCAAGUGGGGGUGGCACACUGAGUCGACGGCUGGACCGAGAGAGAGACAGAGUGGAAAGGGACAGCUACAUAGUGGAUGUGAGAGCCAGUGAUUUAGAGCUGGACCAGGCUGAGUCGUUACACCCCUGUUUCAGCUACAGAGCCUGGCUGUACAGCAUCCUCAUAGGGUGUAGUCUCCUGAUCACAGCGGGUUUCUCGCUCUACCUGGGUAAUGUGUUUCCUGAUGCAAUGGACUAUUUGCGCUGUGCAGCUGGAGCAAGUAUCCCAGCUGCAGUGGUGAGCUUUGCCAUCGCCACAAAUUGGCGAGUUGCAGUGUCUGAUUUUCAACUGGUGUACGUGUCCACAUUUGCUGUGACAACCACAUGCCUGGUAUGGUUCGGCUGCAAGCUGGUUCUUAGCCCAUCAGCCAUCAAUAUCAAUUUUAACCUGAUCCUGCUUACUUUGCUGGAAGCCCUCAUGGCCAGCACUGUGAUCCUGUCAGCUCGCUCUGUAGAGGAUUGCUGCAGCCACAGCAAGCAAGUAUAUGAUGGUCCUGUGCCUGUGAUUCCACCUAAAUUCCCUUCACGGCUUCUCAAGGCUUACGCUGUGAUUGAGAUGAUAGUUGGGAUCUCUGCAGUAUUCGGAGGUAUUAUUGCGCUCAACAUGGAUGCUCUGCUCCCAGGGCCCUACGUUUCUGUCACGUUCUUCUGGAUUCUGGUGGCUUGUUUCCCGAGUGCCAUAGCCAGUCAUGUGGUAUCAGAAUACUCCAGCAAGUGCCUGGUGGAGACAUUGAUUGCCAUCAGCAGUGUCACGUCACCACUAUUGUUCUCUGCCUCUGGAUUUUUGUCUAACAGUGUGUUGAGUUUUAUGGAGAUCUUCCAGCAUGAUGUUCCCAUAGCCAAGCAAUCAUAUGACAUGCUCCUGUUGAUCCUGAUGGUGCUGCUAGUGGUUCAGGCAGGCCUGACGCUGGCCACUGUGGUACACUGUGCCUCUUACAAGGGUCAGCUGCGUAUAGGAGCACCAGAGUGGGAUGACAGUCCACAUAUGGAGCCACACGAGUGCAAGGGAUCCAAUGGCACACUGCGAGAAUUUGACAAAGAGAAGGCCUGGAAGGCAGUGGUAGUGCAAAUGGCUCAGUGAGCACAUGCACAGGCAGUAAAGAGAACAAAGGGGUAUGAGAAGUAAAUGUAAGUGGAGGAGGACAGAAGAAGGCGAGAGUAAAGGAAGGAAAAGUGAAAAUAGAGAGUACACAAAUAUGAAAAACUAGGAGGAGAACAUAAAUGCGAUCAGAAGGAUGAGUAGGUCAGUGACGGUUCAUGAAUUUGUCAGUGUGUCCUUGUCAGCGGAGUUAAUGCCAUAUAUCCCAGAGAUGAUCCAUGUUGAAAAUACAAAUGUAUAAAGCAUAUUUAAAUACUGGCCAUGACCAUAUAUUAUUCUUAACAGUCACAUAAGAUGAAUCAUCAUCCUGACAGUUCAGAAUUCUCACAAAAGGAAAAUCAGCAGAGUUGGUUGGUUCUGUAAAGAAAUGCAACUCAUGACUCAUGCUUUGUCCAUAAGUACAGGAAGGCUGAAUUCAUAUUAAAAUGUGAGUAAACUGGAAUCCAGUUAGACAGUAGAUUCCAGCCAUCGCUAUAUUGCAUGCAUACAUUCAGGAAACUAAUGACUACAUUUAUUGAUGUCUAUGAACCUGAGCCACGUCUAUGCAAGUCAAGCAUUUUCUACUGGGGUUUCCACUAUACAGUACACUUAAGGCACUGAGUUUACA